CUAUGUAUGGAAAGGAUUUUCCAUUUCCUGCUCUUGUUUUAAGUUGAUGAUGGCGCUUCUUAUCACUCUCUAAACGGAUAAAUGGAUAUUUUAUCGCUAUCCGCAACUCCACACAUCCCUUGUUUCUCCUCCACAGCAAGAAAACACCACUCCGCUGCCACCUCCACCUCCACCUCCACCUCCACCUCCGUUUCUUUCUCCCUUAAACCACCACCACCACCUCCUUCACCGCCUCCACCAGAACCACAGCCCACCGAGUCUCCCUUUGUCCGCCGUCCCAAAUCCCUCAACUCUAACGCUACCACUCCUCCUGCCUCCACUCUUAAUAAAACCCCUCAAAACCCUUUCAAAACUCUUCUAAACCCUUCUCAUGUCCCCUCUACUCCUCCUCCACCUGACAACCCCAACCAUCACUCUCUCUCGGCCAAACUCCGUUUAUCCAGCAAGCUUUCCCCACCGCCACCUCCACCUCUACCUCUGCCUACACUCCCUCCCCCCACAAUACGACCCAAAACUCAAGAGAAUGAAACGACCAAAUUGGAUAAAGAAUCCGAAAAAACUGAAUUUCGCCAACAAGGAAAGAUUUUUCUUGGGAAUCUACCCAAUUGGAUAAAGAAGCAUGAAAUAUCAGAAUUCUUUCGCCAGUUUGGCCCCAUAAAAAAUGUAAUUUUGAUCAAAGGACACAAUGAAUGUCAAAGGAAUGCUGGGUUUGGAUUUAUUAUCUAUGAUGGUUCAACAGCAGAAAAGUCUGCUAUGAAGGCCGUGGAGUUUGAUGGAGUGGAGUUCCAUGGAAGAACUUUGACUGUCAAAUUGGACGACGGGAGAAGAUUAAAAACUAAAGCAGAGGAAAGGGAGCGGUGGGUGGAAGGGGAGGAUGGGCAAGGUUUUAAAUCGAAAUGGCAUGAAGAAAGAGAAGGGACCAGAAAGGCCUUUCGGCAGGUUCUGGAGACACAGCCGGAGAAAUGGCAGGCUGUUGUUAGUGCUUUCGAGAGGAUUAAGAAGCCUUCCAGAAGGGAAUAUGGAUUGAUGUUGAGCUAUUAUGCAAGGCGAGGGGAUAUGCAUAGGGCACGUCAAACUUUUGAGAGCAUGAGAGCGAGGGGAAUAGAGCCAACAUCGCAUGUUUACACAAGCCUUAUUCACGCUUAUGCAGUUGGUAGAGACAUGGAAGAAGCAUUGUCUUGCGUUAGGAAAAUGAAAGACGAGGGUGUUGAAAUGAGUUUGGUUACUUACAGCAUAAUUGUGGGGGGAUUUGCCAAAAUUGGCAAUGCUGAAGCUGCAGAUCACUGGUUUAAGGAGGCAAAAGAGACACAUUCAAACAUGAACUCGAUAAUUUAUGGGAACAUAAUUUAUGCUCAUUGUCAACUGAUUAACAUGGACAAAGCUGAAGCUUUGGUGAGGGAAUGGAAGAAAGAUGGUAUAGAUGCUCCAUUGGACAUAAAUCAUACCAUGAUGGACGGUUAUACUAUGAUUGGCAUGAAGAGAAAUGUCCUGACUGUAUUGAAAAGGCUUAAGAAUGUGGAUUUGCACCCCUCAGUUAUUAGCUAUGGAUGUCCUCAUUCAACCUAUACAUAAGUGGGUCGGUUGGUAAAGUCUCUAAAGCUUGGAAGUAAGCAAAAUGAGGAAUCAGUGGCAUUAAAGCACAAACUGAAGACUUACUCCCAUGUGAUAUGGAUCCUUGAAGUUAAAGAUUGGGCAAAUGCAUUUGCAAUUAUUUGAAAGAUGUUCGUAAAACAUGGGUUUAGGCCUGAUGUUAGUGCUGCUAACAAUAACAUUAUCAAAGCAUUCUGUGGAAUGGGAACAUGGAACGCGCCAUCUGUAAUGGUUAAGGAAAUGCAAAGGAAAAGGCCUUAGACUACUACACGUACAUUUAUGCCAGAAUAAUACAUGGAUUUUGCACGGGCUGGAGAAAUGAGAAGAGCUUUUAGAGUUUUUGAUAUGAUAAGGUGGAGUGGAUGUAUCCCAGGAUGUUGCAGCACUGCUUUCAUGCUUUGGAUUCUUGGGACUGGGUGGAGAAGUGUUCAGAUUGAGAAGCGUUGA